AAAAGUCAUUCUGCUGAGAAACGAACGAAGGAAAGGUUCCAUUUGAUGAAAUAAGGCAUAAGACGCAAAAUGAAAGUGUCACAUGUUGUUUUGGUAAGCUGUGUGGUUGUCUUGAUGGCAGUAGCCAAGCCCAGAGGAACUUCAAAUGAAAAGAGUACGAACGAUGAUCCAACACCCAAUGAGAUUGAGACACAGGCUGGUGAAGACAAUCUAGAAGACAGUGGUGAGGACAAUGAUUGGAGCAAUGGAGAGGACGAUGCUGAUGAAAGAGGUGGGGGCAGUUCAGAAUAUGAAACAACCGCGGAAGUUAACAAUGGAAAUCCCGAUGAAAAACCAAACGGAGAAAGUAAUAUUGUCGAAGGAGACAUUAAACUGAGGGAUGGUACGAAGAAGUUUAAAAAUGCCUACAAAAUGAAUACAUGGAUUAAGCUCUGGCCAAAUGGGGAAGUGAUUUACACAAUUGGAUCGUUCAGUGCAAAGGGGAGAGCGAUGAUCAAUGCUGCUAUGGCACAAAUUACCAGACAAACGGAUGGAUGUAUCACGUUCAAACCAAGAACAUAUGAAAGAGACUACAUGGAUAUAACUCAAAAAUCUGGGUGUUGGUCUUAUAUCGGAAUGCAGUACCGCUUCGGGGCUGCGACCGUGUCGCUCCAAGAGCCAGCCUGUACUUAUAGCAAUGGAACUGCGAUACACGAAUUUGUCCAUGCAUUGGGGUUCUGGCAUGAACAUACUCGCUCAGACAGGGACAAUUACGUCAGCAUAGACUUCAAUAACAUUUUUGAAAAUCAAAGGGAUAACUUUGUAAAGCAAGACACAAACAACCUGGCUGAUUACGAUUUCAAUAGUAUAAUGCACUACUCUUCCUACGCAUUUAGUAAAAAUGGAGGAAUAACGAUACGCCCAAAGCAAGCAGGAGUAAAGAUCGGACAGCGGGCGAAGCUUUCAGCACUGGACGUCCAAGAAAUCAAGGCGCUCUACAAGUGUGACACAAACUGAAACUAGAACUAGAGUAAUCAUUUAGAACUAGAAUAAUCAUGAUAAUAACCGCAGUUACGAAUAAUCUCCUGUCUGAUAUUGCUUGUCUUGAUUAGAACAUGUUUGUGUGAUUAUAAUAAAAUACAU